UCCUAAUAUAUGUUGUGCACUCCGCGCUUUCCAUAGACAGGCCUGGGUCAGAAGGCCAUAGUAAAAAUUUUAUAUAACUUUUAAGUAAAUCAUAUCAUUUUAUUUUUAAAUGUUUUUUACUGUGAAUUUUUUAUAACUAAUUAACAAAAACAUGCAACCGGUAGGGAUGAUUGCGCCCGGCGGUAUUUUCUGGGUGAUUUUUGUGUUUUUGGUGACAAAAAGUACACCUUUCAAUGUAAACACAAGAAACAACACUAACGGGUUGAUCUACGCCCCUGCAGACUACUACCGAAUAAAUCCCUCCUUGCAAUGCUUUGACUGUAACUCAGAGUAUGACCCAAGGUGUGGAGAUCCUUUUGAUAAUUACACAAUAGCAUUCGUAAAUUGCUCAGAAAUUAAGCCUCCCGAGCACCUGCUCAAUCCGGAACAGAUGCAGCAAAAUCAAAUAUUGAAGCCGACCGUGUGUAGAAAAAUUAUACAGAAAAUUGAAGGACGUACAAGAAUUAUCAGAGAAUGCGGUUUCAUGCAGGACAAACGUGACGACAAGGAAUGUAUAAGAAGGAGCGGUACCAAAAACGUUGAAAGUAUCUACUGUUCCUGCACCAAAUCCCUCUGUAAUGAUGGUACUUCAGUUCGUCCAGUUUUAUACGCAUUAUUUUUAAAUUUUAUUGCCUUCUUAUUUAGUGGACUCCAUUAAGUUCAUUCCUCUUAGUAGACAUAUGUUUAUAAAAAUAUUCAGACCUAUACUGGUGGUGAAUGCAUACAUAGGCUUCUAGGCUGCUUUAGUGACAGAAGAAUGAAAAUAUUUGAAUUAAAAGAUGAAAAAUAAUGUUUGCUAACAAAAACACCAGUUUACUCAUUUCAAUCAAAUUAUUAUUCACUUUAAUUGCAAACCUUUUAUCUAAUUAUUUCUGAUAAAUGGAUCUUGAUAAAAACAGUGUAAUCCAGCAGUUCAGUUAUAUGGAUUUAUAUAUUAAGCAUAAAGUACUGAUUUCGUCUCUAAUAAUUACCGUCCUAAUGAAUAUCUAAAUUUAUAAAUAAGUAAACUUUUUAAACUUUGCUAUUGAUAAAUACAUAUAGGCCAGAAUUAAAGAUAACUAACCACAUAUUCGUAUUAAUUUUAAUUCAUUAUUUAUUUAUUGAAACAUAUUAAUAAGUGCAUUACAGGGCGACUCAAAAAUAAAUAUGUAAUGCUUAGGAUAUAAAAAUAAAAUUUUGUAAGAGGUAGGGGCGAAUAGGAUUCUCAAUAUCAUUAAAAACAUGCGUCUAAUUUGUAAUUUAAGUGCUCAUUUAAGUAUGAUUUAGAACAUUUAAUUAAAAAAAAAACAAAUAUUCCUAUUUUCAAAUCUAUCUUGGUUUUAAUAAUUUUAAGAAAGCUCAUCUUUGAUAUGAAUAUUAUAAAGUCUUAGUUCAUGUUCUUACGAAAAAUGUAGGUUGUUAUUAAAAAGGCAGAAUAGAAGGUUGAUUAAUUGGAUGAUUUUAUUGUAAUAAGCUAUUCCAUCUUUCAACUUUUAACACUCUUUGGUUUCAUAGUUAUGGAUAUUUUACCCAAAAAAUAUGACUAAUAACAAAUUUCAGUAAAAAGUACAUUAAAUGUUUGGAAGAUCCAAAUAUAUAUUUUAAAUACUUGGAAUGAAAAAUCUAUCGUAUGACCUGCCUCAAAGAAAUGGCUUGAAAUUUCAAAUAGUUUCGCAAAUGCUUAGAAUAAAAUGAGAAACUCGAAUAAUUAUUUUUUUGCACAUAAUUAUUUUAUUAAUCAUUUUCAAAACAAUUUGAUAAUUUCUAUCGAAUUAACACUGUAUUUAUUAUAUAGAAAAUUUAAAUAAUUUAUAGUUGGGUUACCGAACAGAUGGAGUGGUCACGUGAUCGAUCUGCGCCGGAGGUGUGGCCUAGAGCCUCGACAGGGUUCAUGACUUGGGGUUUUAUUUAAUUUUAUUAGUCGAGCGGCUUUAGAUCGUUUUGGUUGAAUUUUCUACUAUUCGAAUAUUUGAUUCUUCGCAAUAUUGAAAAGUUGAGAUUGUGUUUAUUUUUUUGUUAAUCUGUUUGUUAAUAAAUAAUGGCUGACGCGCCACGUACACCUCCAUUGUCACCCCCCAAGAAAAGAGUACGAAAACAUUUGACCAUAACUUGUUAUUCCUUCUUUCAUUUUAAAACACAUAUUUAAAAAAAGAUAAAAGCUACUUAAGUAAUUUUCAAAACCAGAUUAUGAUCAUACAAUUAUAUUUUAUAAUGGCCGGGUUCAUCAGAAAAAAUCGCUCCCUAAGCGCUCGAUUGUUGCUCAGGUAUGACAAUUUUUAUUGGUCCUUACUAUUAUAGGCAAAACUUCCAGCGCUCAGGUAGCGCUCGGUUCUGAUGAACCUGGCCAUUAUAAAAUAUAAUUUUAUGAUAAAAAAGAGUUUGACCUGAUGAUAAAAGUGUUUGACCUGGCACGAUUACUUAAAAGGAUUACCUAUCCCUUUUCGGUAAACCCCAAUAUAUUAACAUAACUUUGCAUAACAAAAUACAUAAAAGGGAUUAUUAUAUCAUUACCUGGCACAACCUCAAAAUCAGUUACCCAUUUUACAGGCGACCGUAUUAUAUUAUAAAAAAAGCUACUUACAAAGCAAAGCUGUACGGUAAAAUAAUUUAAAAUAAGUAGGCAUAAUUCUCCUCGUCUAAAUCUGCCAAGGUUGCAUCGAUGGGCGGGCCUAUAUUUCGCGCACAUCAUUUACUCCAUAUGGUCGGUAAUCCGAGUAUAGUCCUAAAUUUUUUAUUUUCUUUUAAGAAGGUAACUUAUAUGGUCAAAAGGGUUAGAUAGACUACUUUUUCCUUGCCAGUUUUAAUUUUUAUCGAAGAAGUAAACCGUGAUCUUAUCUUCUUACAGCAAUGGCUUUAAAUUCCAGGAAGAAAUUUCAAUAGGCAUCAACUGCCUGGAAUAAAAUGAAAUGUGACUCCAAAUAUAUGGAGUAAUUUUCAGAGGAAUUCUCAGGGUCAAUAAUCUAACAAAUUAUACGUUUUAUCGAAUGAAAUUUUGAGUAGUAGGGUGAAGUGUAAUCAAAAAAAUGAUAGUGGCCCUUUAAAAUUUCAUAACAAAAAAACCAAAAGAGAAAUCGGGUUUAUUUUUAGUAGGCACAGAGCUUAUUUCUUUGUAAAAUCAAUGUCAUAUAUAUUUAUUUUUUGUCUGCUUUUGUUUUUUUUAUAAGCCAAAAUAAAAAAAAAACAUGUCGGCUGAUUACCCUUGCCCCAGAGAACGGGGCAAGUGUACUCACGGCUCCUAACUGCCAUAUACUUACUCUGCCGAUGGAUCUGGGGCAAGUGUACUAUAGUAUGAAAAAUUCUGGGUUAAAAAAAAUAGCUUGAUACCUAUCUUAAUUUAUAAGGAAAUUAUAAACUUUUUUCGUGGAGCAAUGAUAGGGAAUAAAACUCAAAGAUUUUCUGAAAAGUAUAUUACGUAGGUAAGUUGAGCAAAACAGGCUGUGACAUGUUUUUUUUUUAGUUAUUUAACGUUAUAUGAGGUAAAAGUUAGUUCUCAUCUUCGCCCUAAAGUGGGUUCUGGUAAAACUCGCUCUAUAUCUGAUGCAGCCACUAAGUGAUGGUUCUCUUGUUCAGGCCAGUGAAACACUGAACUAUGCGCGUUUCGGUUUGAUUUUUUUUUAAACUUAAUGGUAGGUUGCGAUUCUUCAUCAAGCGUUGUUAUUUGACCAGCAUAGAAAAGUAUACUUUUCUUUCCUUUAAAUGAGACCAAAACCCAGUUUCCAAUGUUAAGGUUUUCUACCCCUUUGAGAAACAAUUCGUCUUGUUUUAAUGCUUCUUCAUCUUCUUCUAACCUUUUUGCAUAAGUCUCAAAGGUGACGUCAUCGGAUUCACUGUCACUUAAAAUUUGCGGUUCGUCUUCAUCUGAAGAGCUCUCAUUAACCCAUUAACGCCCAAUUUUGUUUUGUUUUGAAAAUCGUUGAAAAAAUAGUCUUGCCAUGUUAUUUUGGAUAAUUUUUAGCCAAAAAAAAAUUAAAGAAUUUUUUUUGUUUUUUAGUUUUUUCAAAAAAAGAUGAUCUAUAAAUAGAUCGCUGGGCAAAUAAUUGAUUUUUUUUUAUAAAAAAAAUAUCUAAUUUUUGCGGUGAUAUUUUACAAAACAAGUGGUGCAAAGCGUAAUGUUACAUUUUUUGCAGUAAGUAAGUGGGCGACUUUUACAAGAAGUGUAUUGGCAUCUUCUUUGAAUGGUUCUCUUUUCCAAAAAAUGCCCCUUUUCAUCAAGUCUAACUUCAUCAGGUACGCGUGAUUUGGAGGUUGAUGGUAAGCUCAGGGGUCUACCUUUCAUAAUACUUCAUCCAUGACCAAGCUUGAGAUAGGUUACUGCAAUCUCGCGCCUAAAAUCUCUUAAAUUUAUUGAUUUCUUCCCAUUGAUUCUUCGGUAAAGCUGCAACGAAUUUAUUACUGCCAUAUCUAUCAUCCUUGUG